UAUAAAUUGUAUGCUUUUGUUCACAUAACAUCACAACCCCUCACAACAAUAUUUAUCUAAAAUAUUUCCAUCCAAUCAUCAUAAUCACAAUAUGAACUUUGAUUCAAAUUCAUCAAGUUCAAGUGAUGAUCUAUAUGAUUACAUGAUGAUGGAUUUUAUUGAAGAGAGUCGUGAAUUACAAGUAGUGGAAGAUGCAAUACGACAUGUUGUGAACACCAAUGCUCAACAAAACGAACAUCAACAUCCAAGAAAGAAGAGGAUAACUGUGCCAAGGGAUCGUGAAGCAGCUCACGAUCGUUUAGUUACAGACUAUUUCAGUGACCAACCAAUAUACAACGAAGAUAAUUUCCGACGUAGGUUUCGCAUGCGAAGACCUCUUUUCCUUGGCCUUGUGAACACAUUAAGUGCAAGUAAUCACUACUUUCAACAGCAUCCAGAUGCAACGAUGCGACUGGGUGCUUCAGCUGUUCAAAAAUGCACAGCGGCUAUGCCUAUGGUUGUGCAGCUGACCAAGUUGACGAGUAUCUAAAACUUGGUGCAUACACAUCUAGAGAAUGUCUUACACAAUUUGUUGAUGGAGUGAUUGCUCACUUUUCCACUGACUACCUUAAUAAACCAACGCCUGAAGAUGUGCAACGUCUUCUUAGAGAAGGGAAGGAAAGAGGUUUUCCUGGCAUGUUGGGAAGCAUCGAUUGCAUGCAUUGGGUGUGGAAAAAUUGUCCAGCUAGAUGGAAAGGUAUGUACCAAGGUAGAUCUAAAACAGCGAUUGUGAUCUUAGAAGCUAUUGCUUCAAGGGAUUUAUGGAUCUGGCAUGCUUUCUUCGGGACACCAGGGUCGUGCAACGACAUAAACGUACUUCAACGUUCCCCGGUUUUCGAUGAUAUUAUAAAAAACCGAGCUCCACAAGUUCAGUUCACCGUGAAUGGAAAUACUUACAAGAAGGGGUAUUAUCUCGCUGAUGGGAUUUAUCCAAAAUGGUCCACGUUUGUGGAUGUCAUUACUGCCCCGCAAACCGAUAAGCAAAGGUUGUUCACUGAACGCCAAGAGAGUGCUAGAAAAGAUGUUGAGCGUGCCUUUGGUGUGCUACAAGCUCGAUUUGCAAUAAUUAGGAAACCUGCUUUGGCAUGGAACGUUGAUAUGCUAUGGAAAAUUAUGAUGGCAUGUAUCAUCAUGCACAAUAUGAUUGUUGAAGAUGAGCGUGAUACUUAUUUGAAUUAUAAAGAUCCACGCGAGUUUGCCCAAGAACAGCCUGAAAAUAUGGCAGGAUCAUCAAGCGGAAACGCUACAACAUUCUUUGUUACACCCGGGCAUUAUGAUCCACAAAAUUUUCGUAGAUUGAUGGAUACAAGACAAGAAGUUCGUGAUAGAACAACUCAUUUCUCACUGAAAAACGACUUGGUUGAACAUUUAUGGGGAAGAUCCAGGAGAUCGUCUGUGGGGUAGAUUUUUAAUGUAAUAUGUAUUUUAGUCGAUUAAUUUCUUUCAUGUUUUUCGCUGUUUUAGUAAUUAAAACACUAACGUGUUAUUUUAGUAAUUAAUGUACUACCGUCUUUAGUAAGUAAUUAUUGAUCUGGUAUUUAAUGCAAAUUUUAUUUAUAAUGUAAUAUAAUUAAA